AUGACGGUUUCCGAUUCUGCUGACAAUCAGCCGUCCUCGGAGACCUCUCAUCUUCCACAUCCCCCAGCGCACAAGGGAACAACCUCAAAGUCCGGCAUUGUUCUCGGUCCGGAUGGAAAACCAUGUCGUACAUGCAAUUCAGCUCGCGAUAUGACAAAUCUAUCCCGUAUGCUCACAAGCGGCAAGGGAAAAGCCUCACCUCUGGCUGCUGCGAUUGGUCCACCCCCUGUAGACCGCUCUGAUUGCCCCCCAGAUGUGGAACAACUUGGCCGUUCCACAUGGACUUUUCUUCAUUCAGUAACGGCGACAUAUCCUAAAGAACCCACGCAGUCUCAAAAAUCUGAUAUGCAAACAUUUUUAUCAAUAUUGGGACGUGUAUACCCCUGUUGGGUCUGUGCGGAUGAUUUUACAGCAUGGAUGAAGCAACCGGAUAACUCGCCGAAGCUGGAUACUCAAGAAGACUUCGGACGGUGGAUGUGUAAGGCGCAUAAUGAAGUCAAUAGAAAACUGGGGAAACAGGAGUUUGAUUGUAAUCUUUGGAAGCAGCGCUGGAAAGAUGGAUGGAAGGAUGGUAGAUGUGAUUGA